AUGGCUGCUGAGGCCUCUCAAGAUGUACCAAUGGGUUCACCUCCACCCGCGCCCGCGCAGACGGACACGGAGCCCAAGUAUGGCGGCUACUCGCGUUUCGAGAUUGAGCUCGAGUUUGUACAAUCUCUAGCCAACCCUUACUACCUCAACCACCUCGCCUCCCAAAAGCUCCUCAACCAACCCGCCUUUGUCGCAUACCUCGCCUAUCUCCAGUACUGGAGCAAGCCGCCCUACCUCAAGUACCUGACCUACCCGGGCCCGACCCUGCGACACCUCGAGCUCCUCCAGCAGGAGAUGUUCCGACAGCAGAUCAUGAGCCCGGACGUGGUUCAGAGACUGGUCGAGGAGGGCAUGAAGGCCUCGAUCGAUUGGCACCGCGAAAGCUAG